GCACCUGCAGCGGAAGUACAAGCCUUGAGUCAGGCCUCUGCCUUACGUAACUAGUCUCUAAUCUCACGCGUGGGUACGUGUGGUGGAGGGAACGUGUCUGCCCAGAAGGGAAGGCGGGCCCAGUCGUGUUAAACUGUGGCCCUGCCCCACUUCUAGCCGCUUCCACUUACCUGUGUGUCUAAGGGCGAGGCGGUGGUUACUCCGCAUUCUUGCUUAUGCUGGUUUGAUCAGGCUGCUGUGAGAACUCUUUUUAGUGGGAGAAAGGGGGGGUUGGAAAGCUGACGUUUGGAGCCCAGAGCUCUGUGUCUGAAGGGCAGUUUGGAGAGAAAUGGUGGUAACUUUUACCAGAGACUGACCAAGAUGCCUUAAGGUUCGAAUCCCAAAGCGUAAACUGCACCAGGUAAAAGUUAGAGUCGAAGCCAGAGACAAUAUAAAUGUGGCUAGAAGACCAGAAGCACCGCUUCGGAAAACUUAAGUCUGCCAGAGAAAUGGGGUGCACUGGUGACCCUGUCUUGAUAGUGUUAAUAAUUUCCCCCCAACCACAUUGUUCCUAGGCUCUUCCUUAAGUGUUGGAGCCUGGACUGUGACCCAGGGAAGGGAACCGUGGCUAGCUAAGGAGGCCGAGCUUCACGUAACUUCCAGAUCUCAUGUCAACACCAAGCCCGCAGCUGCUCGUGGCAGCUGCUCGGCAGACCCUGGGUACCAGAAAGAGAAAGGGCCCACCUCGAGCUGUCUGUCUUCACCUAGCAGGAGAGGUGUUGGCUGUGGCUCGCGGGCUGAAGCCUGCUGUUCUCUAUGAUUGCAACUCUGCUGGAGUGUUGGCGCUCCAGAGCUAUCUGGAGGAGCUGCAGAGGCUGGGCUUCCUGACAUUGGGACUUCACAUUCUUGAGAUUGGAGAGAAUAAUCUCAUUGUCAGUCCUGAGCAUGCCUGCCAGCAUCUGGAGCAGGUACUGCUUGGUACCACAGCCUUAGUGGAUGUUUCCUGCUCCCAGCCUCAUCCUUCUGUCUGUUCACUGGACCAGCUCCAGGACUUGAAAUCUCUCAUAGCUGAGAUCAUCACACAUUUUCAAGGACUGCAGAAGCAUGUGUCUCUGGGAGUCUCCUCCAGCAAGCUGCCUUCCUCAUCUUGGAAUCUCUGCACUGUGUUGGGGAUACUCCUGGGCUAUCCUGUCUCUUACACAUUUCAUCCGGACUACGGAGAUGGCAACUGCUUAGCCAUGACUCCCUUGCGGGUGUUCACCGUCCAGAUUUCAUGGCUGCCUGCUCAGCCUCCACUUCUGCUCUACUCCUUCAGUGUUCCAGAGAGUUUGUUCCCAGCCCUGAGGAACUUUCUGAGUACCUGGGAGAAGGAGCUCAGAACCCGAUUUAGGACUCAGAAUGACUUUGGCGACCUCAGCAUUUCCUCUGAGAUAGUCACACUGCCUGCCGUGGCCCUCUGACUUAACUCUGCCCAUUGAGAAGAGCCCACUACAGAAAAUCACAAUCAAUCAAAAUGCAUCCUUGUGGAGCCCAGUUUCAACGGAUACAUGUACAACAUGUCCCCAGCACCUGAGGGAACAUUGCAGAAGACGCGCAGAAAGACGAAGAGCCAGAGGAUCAGGGAUCAGGGAGUUCGCUGUGAGAGCUCAUCUCCUAGCAACAUCAGAAAUGACGCCCACAAAGUCUCCUCAACAUGUCGGCUCAAAUGUGCAGGGAACAAGGACGACAAUGCUGGAUGGGGCAAAGCCCAUGAGGCUUUGACCCCACAAAACAACCACAGACAACUGAGGACAGCUGGGUCAGAGAGGGGGUCUCUCCCAGGGAAGAGCACACCAGGUGUUUGUCCAGUCAAAUGGUCAGCCCUGAAAUCAUACAUGCAAGUUCCUAUUUGGGAAUAUAUAUAUAUAUAUAUAUAUGCACAUACAUCUAGGCAUGCAGUAAUAAUCGAUGAAAAAGGCCAUGAAUUUUAAGGAAAGCAGGGAAUGAUAUAUGGGAAGGUUUGGAGGGAGGAAAAGGAAGAUAGAAAUUAAACUCUCAAGAAUAUAAAAAUUGAAGAAAGGUGGUUAAUGUUAAAAAAAGAACAGAUUCUGAAAGAAGCUUUUUCUUAGUUAAAAGGAAAAUACCCCAAACAAUAGCAACGGUGAUGAUGGGCGUACUGUAAAAUCUCAGCAGCUGCCUAGAGGGCAGAGAUGAGGAAGAGGAAAAGAAAGCCACGACUUUUGAGUUAGGGAUGGAGGCUUGGCGGUUUGGCAAACAGCCAUAUGGCAAAGAGGAGAGACAGAGAAUAACUUCAGAGAAAAAGAGUAAGAAAGCCCAGAGUGUUCUGGAAGCAUACCUUGACUUUGGCAAGUAUUAGAAAGAGAGAGGAGAUGAAAGAUUACACUUUUCUGGGAAACUCAGAAAAAUGGGCAGGUUUCCCGGGAAGGAAAGUGCACCUCUUAUUAAAUGGUUGAUUAUUCUUCCUUCUUUGUCGUGGGUUAAGGUGACUCUGCCUUCCUGAGGGGUAAUUAGCCAGAUGAUUGAACAACUCCAGUGGGUUAACUCUUGGUUUUAGAUAGCUAGGAAUGCUAGGUCUCCACCCAGGCCAGAAGUAACACACGCAAAGUAAUCGUUAACCUGUAUCAAGUGCUCAUAGUACCAUAGACUAUGCUAAACACUUCGCGUGGCUAUCCAUAUUUAACUCAUGCAAUAAUACUGUGAUAGGAAGACUAUCACCCUUAUUUUGCUGAUGAGGAAGCAGGCUUAUCGAGAGUAAUUAGGUUUUCUAAGGCGACAAAUUGAAAGCAUAGGAACUUUUGAGUAUGUCAAGGGUUUACAGUAAUUUGAUAAGAAACACAUUGGCAGGAUGUGUUAAUACCUGUAAAUAAGUUAGUAACAUUUAAGUUGUGCACUGCGUACUCUGCUGGGGUGGUGUCUGACUUAGGGUGCAAUUCAGUGGCGGUUCCAGCCCAGGCAUUUGUAUCUGGCUAAUGCCUUUCCAGUGGGUACUUAGUUCUUUUGCAUGAGCAGUGCAGGCAUUAGUUCUAAGUACAGAAUCACAGUUCAGAGGCAGAACAGUGGGUCUAGUACUAAGUGGACCGUGGGGUGAAGACUGGAAAGCUCCUUGUUGCACGUAUGAAGCCUUUGGGGCCCAACCCUGGAGCAUCUUUUCUCCCCAGACCCUUUCCCUCACUCCUGCCCUCCUUCCCCUCCCAUGCUAAGA